AUGCCCACGCCAGCGUCCUCGUCCUCCCGCACCUCCGCCGCCGUCGACCGCCGUCGCCGCCAUCGGAGCAGGCCGUACCGCUGGUCCGGCCUCGGGAGAAGGUGCCUUUCCAUGGUGAAGCAGCAGAAGACCAGGUUCUACAUCCUCGGCCGCUGCAUCGCAAUGCUCCUCUGCUGGCACGCCCACGCCCUGCCGGACUGA